AUGGCGUUCUCCUGCCAAAUUCCAUCUAAAGAGAACUGUUCGUCUGUGUUUUUUAACUUUCUGGUUUUGUUAAUCUUGUGGGUGCUCCCAUUUGCAAGUUCAGUUUCUUUCAGCUAUUCCAGUUUUCCAGCGAACACCCCCAAUAUAGUAUUUGAAGGAGAUGCAUUCCCAUCAAAUGAUGUUCUCCAACUGACCAAGAACCAAGCUGACAUCAAUCUCACAAGAAGCCUUGGCCGUGCCACAUAUAGCCAACCUGUGAUUAUUUGGGAUCCCAAGACUCGAAAACUCACAGACUUCACAACUCACUUUUCCUUUAUUAUUAAGGCAGUUAAUACUUCUAACAAUGGCGACGGGAUAACUUUCUUCUUUGCUCCAUUUGAUUCAACAAUUCCUGACAACUCAACUGGUGGAUAUUUGGCACUGUUUAGUCCUGAAACCGCGAAACUCAACACUUCUAAGCAAAUUGUUGCGGUCGAGUUUGAUAGCUUCCAGAAUUCUUGGGAUCCAAGCUCUGAUCAUGUAGGAAUUAAUGUUAAUUCCAUUAUCUCAGUAGCGACUGUCAACUGGAAAAGCAGCAUUAAGGAUGGAAGAAGGGCUAAUGCCUGGGUAAGUUACAACUCUAGUACACAGAAUUUAAGUGUCUUUCUAACUUAUGCAGAUAAUCCUGUCUUCAGUGGAAACUCCAGUCUUUGGUAUAUUGUUGAUUUGAGAAAAUUUCUCCCCGAACGGGUUAAGGUAGGUUUCUCUGCAUCUACAAGUGAGGUUGUUGAAAUACAUAACAUUAUUUCUUGGAAUUUUACGUCAACCUUGGAUGAGAAUAAAGGAAAAACCAAUGUUGGGUUAAUAGUUGGUUUAACCGUGGGCACUGGAGCUUUAAUAUGCGGAUUGGGUGUGAUUUGGUUUAUUAGGUGGAAAAAGAGGGGCGGUGUGAAUAAGGAAGAUGAGGCCAUUGAUGAAGCUAUGGACGAUGAAUUCGAAAAGGGCACUGGACCUAAGAGGUUCGCUUACCGUGAACUAAACAAGGCCACAAACAGCUUUGCGGAGGAAGGCAAGCUGGGGGAGGGAGGAUUUGGCGGUGUUUAUAAGGGUUUACUGAGCGAUCAAAAAACAGAAGUGGCUGUCAAGAGGGUGUCAAGAAGAUCAAAACAAGGGAAAAAGGAAUAUGUUUCGGAAGUGAGGAUCAUUAGUCGUUUAAGACAUAGAAAUUUGGUUCAACUGUAUGGUUGGUGUCACCAACAAGGAGAGCUCCUUCUUGUCUAUGAAUUCAUGCCAAACGGAAGCCUUGAUGCUCACCUCUUCGGAGGAAAAGCCACGCUUUCUUGGGCUAUACGUUACAAAAUAGCGCUUGGUUUGGCUUCGGCUUUAUUGUAUCUCCACGAAGAGUGGGAACAAUGCGUUGUCCACAGAGAUAUCAAAUCUAGCAAUGUCAUGUUGGAUUCAAAUUUCAACGCCAAGUUAGGCGAUUUCGGCCUCGCAAGACUUGUCGACCAUGAUUCAACCUCGCAAACUACUGUUUUAGCUGGGACUAUGGGUUACCUUGCUCCGGAAUGUGUUACAACCGGCAAAGCGAGUAAAGAGUCUGAUGUUUAUAGUUUCGGAGUUGUCGCCCUCGAAAUCACAUGUGGAAGAAGGCCAGUUGAAUCUAGGGAAGAACCGAGUAAAGUAAGGCUAGUGGAGUGGGUAUGGGGCCUCUACGGAAAAGGGCAACUUCAUGAAGCUGCGGACAAGAGAUUAAUGAGAGAUUUCGAUGAGAGGCAAAUGGAGUGUUUGAUGAUAAUUGGGCUUUGGUGCUGCCAUCCUGAUUACACUCUUCGUCCAUCUAUAAGACAAGUGAUAAAUGCUUUAAACUUUGAGGCUCCAUUGCCGAGCCUUCCCUCGAAGUUGCCAGUGCCUACGUAUUAUGCACCUCCCAUGGAUAUGUCUAAGUUCACCUACACAACCUCCGGCGUCACACAGUCAUCACUUAACAGUAACUCAACAUGUUCAUUGACAUCAGUAGGCUCAACAACGGCUCUUUUCAAUUCCCGAAAAGUUGAUUAA